AUGUUUAGUUUCAGCAAACCAACGCCACCGAAGCGUGAACGAACGCGAAAUCCUGCGGAGUUUGGAAUAUUUGGACUAUCGAACGACAUCUCAGGUCUUGGCGAUGAUGUAGAUGAUGCAAGUGAUCCAGAUGACGAUGCUUUGGAAGCGGAACUGGCUGCCAUUACGGCCGGAAUGGGUGGCGUUCGAAAGCCGAAACCAAAACCAAAUCAGAAAGGAAUUGUGGCACCACAAGAGUUAGAUGCUAUGGUUGCGGCUAGUUUGCGAGAUGUCGGGAGCGACGAAGAUGCGUCUGAUGAUGACGAUGAUGACUCGGAUUUACUGAACGAACUGUCUGCAAUUACGAGAGGCGCCGUCGAAUAUGAGGACGAUCGGUCUGCAGAGGAUGCUGCAAAGUCUAAACCUCCUGCAGCUGCUCCAAGGAAAAGUUCAUCGAAUGAAGAAUUAGUUGCUCUGCUUAAAACACGUGUGGCAAUGUACACACAGGCCGAAGAGGGUGCUAAGAAAGCGGGAGAUCCCGGCAAAGCUAGACGGUUUAAUCGUGGGCUUAAAACACUCAAAGACCAAUUGCGAUUGGCCGAAGCUGGAAAAGCAGUCGAUCAAAGUGAAAUACCUCCUGAAGUGAGCGUAAAACUAGCAGCACCACAAAAAGAUACUACGGAUGAUACAUCAAAGCUUGCUACUGCACCUGUUCGUCCAGCGCCUCCACCUCCAUCAACGGUCACUCAUUCUACUCCAGAUGAGCCAGGACCUUCCCGAUCGGCCCCACCUGUGCCACCAAGGCGUGAGGUUAAGCCACCGCCGAUGCCAGCACCGGAACUGCAAGAUACAGCUGCAAAGGAAAACCCUAAGCUAACCCUGCUGAAUGAAAGAAAGCAACUCUACAAACAAGCUGCACUAAAUGCGAAAAAAGCUGGAAAUAACGAACAAGCGAUGGCGUACGUAAAGGUUCUGAAACAGUUCGAUGUGGUAAUUCGUGCCAUGGAGAACGGUGAGGAGGUAAAUCUUAGUCGAAUGCCACCGCCGCCGAGUGAGUAUACCACCGCACAGACUAGUCAACCAGCAGUGCCUUCCGAUAGCAAAGCGAGACAGGACGAAAAGAUGCAGAAGGAAGCGGAAGCACCUUCACCAUCCGUUCCCAAUGCGAAUGUAGAACAACUGGCCGAAGAAGAAGAGGAGGAAGAGGAAAACUUAAUUCAAGCCUCCAGUGUACAGGAAGCACUUGAGCAACGAUUGGAAAAGUAUAUAUCCGUCGAACAGGCGGCAAAAGACGAGGGAAACAGUUCAAAGGCCCGCCGAAUGGGAAGAAUCGUGAAGCAAUAUCAAGACGCGCUAAAGAUGCAUAAGGCUGGGAAACCGAUUCCCAUCGAUGAGUUGCCGACUCCUCCAGGCUAUGGGCCAAUACCAGUCGACGGGCCUCCGAAGCCACCGGUUCCAGCUGUGGCUAAGAAACCUGCCCCUUCCAUACCGCAGAAACCUCAAGUUGCAUCCCCGCUCGUACCGACUGCAGAGUCAGUUCCAGGGUCAAGUAAGAGCUCACCGAAACCAGCUACACUGUUCGAUAAACAGCUAAACCUUUUACUCGAACGUCACCGUGAAUACAAACAGGCGGCUAUCGAAGCGAAAAAAGCAGGCGAUCUGGACGAAGCGAAGGAAUGUUUGCGAGUAUUCAAGGGGCUGGAAAAGCUGAUAGAGGUAGCACGUGCUGGUGGAAGAGUAGAUCUGACGACGGUUCCGAUUGCGCCCUCGAAACGGAAUGCACUCGAGGCAUCCUUUACUAUCGUGAACUCAGAGGACUGUGAUCAGCUGGGAGGAGAUAAUGAGCAGGCUGGUGCCGAUCAGGGUGAUGAAGGUGAGACACGCAUACGGCUAGAGGAGCAACUCUCAAAGCAGUUGAUAAUUUGCCGGAAUACUCGCGAUCAUCAUCGAGCAAUGGGAGACAUUGCGGGAAUGAACAAAUUCGAAAAUCUCGCCCUCAACGUACAGAAGGAUCUCGAUCUGGUGCGACUAAUCCAUCGGCAGGGUUUACCACUGCCAAAGUUCCACUAUGAAAAGUUGCAAUUCAAUGUGGUGAAAUGCAACACGGAACUGUCGGAUAAUGAGGUCGAGAUAUGUGUGUUGCGUGGAAUCAAUUAUAACGUGCCCAAUCCGAAGGAUGUCGAUACUUACGUUAAGUUUGAGUUUCCUUAUCCACAGGAAGACCCAUUAAAGGGAAGGACGAACCUCGUGAAAGACACCCACAGUCCGGAGUACAACUACCAGCAAACGUUCGAAAUCCAACGCAGCCAGCGCAACUGCCAACGCGUGUUCAAGCGGCAUGCGCUGAAGUGUGAAGUUUUUUCGAAGGGCUGCUGCUGUCACGGUGCAUCAACUGGACUUUUCUCCUGUUUCAGUGGUUUCCUGCGCUCAGACGUGCUGAUCGGUACGGUGACGGUCAAGUUGCAGCCGCUGGAGACGCAGAUCGAAAUCCACGAUUCAUUUCCGCUAAUGGACGGCAGGCGUACGGUCGGUGGCAAGCUCGAGGUCAAAAUACGUGUCCGUAAUCCCAUCCUGACGAAGCAAAUCGAGCAGAUUAACGAACGUUGGGUGGUGCUCGAUUCAUAGACACACUUCCGGGACGACGAAUGACUUCCGUUUCGAGA